UGUUUAAUAAAAUACAAAUUAUAAAUACGAAUAAAAUGACGAAAUAUUAUAAAAAGUACGUUAUUAUUAUUUGUUAGCUCUCACUUGUCUCUCUCUAAGAUAUUGCACUGUUGUGUUCAUAAACCACCUUAUCUGUAGAGCCCUUUGUUGUCAAUGUCAUUUCACAUUUGAAUUUGACAUUGAUGUUUCUUUUAGCAUUGCUUUUGAGCCGCCGCUCCCGCUCGUGGUUGUUUUAUUGUUCUCAAGCUUGCUAUUUCUCAAAUAACUAAGUAAAUGAAGUCACAUUAUUAAGUAAACAUCUUAUUUCUUCGCUUUUGCACGACAUUUGUUCGUAUAGUCGCAAUGUUGAGCUUACACUACACAUAACUAGUGUAUCUCGGCGGAUUCCUACGCUGCUGUAAUGGAGACGCGCGUGUGUGUGUCAGUGGAGGUUGUACGUGUGAAGGAGGAACCCCAGUGGGAGCAGGACGAGGCGCAGGCGCCGGACAUUCUAACAGAACAUGGUUACGAGAACCCAGUGUGUGUAAAGGAAGAACCCUUGUACUCAGAUGUUGCAAGUUUAUGCAGUGAAAGCGCAGAACUCUAUGCUGACCAUAAAGUGAAUGAUCAACUUGUGCUAGGACCAGUGGUGAUACAACAACCAGAAGUAACCGGUAAUAAAAAGCCAGUGUGUGUGAAAGAAGAACCCUCGUGUAUCGACGACACAUCGUGUGUCGAGAGUGGGUCCGACCAGCAAGUCUCGUGUGGCGAGAGUAGUGCUGACCAGCAAGUGUCGACUUGCGAGGGUGGUGCUGACCAGCAAGUGUCGACUUGCGAGGGUGGUGCUGACCAGCAAGUGUCGACUUGCGAGGGUGGUGCCGGCCAGCAAGUGACUCGGUUGAAUCCGGCGCUGAUGUUACAGCCGGAAGUGAUCUACGCACUUAACGCUUCACACCAGGCGUUUCUGAGGCCUCCAGUUCCACGCACCCGCAAACGGCGGUUACAGAAAUCAUUCUCCUGCGACAUAUGCAACAAAAAGUUCAAAUAUGCCAGCCAUAUGGCUAGGCAUCAAACGAUCCAUGAAAAGAACAUGCCAGCAAGAGUAGUUCAUAAAGGACCGUUCUAUUGCGUUAUUUGUUGUAAGCCAUUUUCUCAGCUAAUAACAUUUACAGCACAUUUAGAAAAUCAUACCACAAAACUACCAUACUAUUGCGAAAUAUGUAAAGAGGACUUCCCCAGUUACAGUUCGUUUGCUAAACAUAAUGAAAGUCAUGUUGAUAGUUAUGGUUGUGAAUUGUGUGAAGAACGGUUUGUGCGUAAGAUUGAAUUGCUUAGACAUAGAUUGAAUCAUACAGUAAGCGAGAAUUAUUUGAAUAAUAAACCUAAACGAAUUAAUAUACUUCGUCGAUGAAUUAUUUUGGAAGAUACUUGUUAAACUAAAUACGGCGGGCGUGAAAGUUUUGCACCGUCGGUGACAGCAGACAGGACAAAAUUUCCACAUUUAAAAAGUCCAGACACUUCACAUUUUUUAAAUAAAUAAUUAUUUUCGUAUGGGGUUCGAAAUUUUCCAUUGGUUUCCAAAAUGUUCUUCUUAAUUUCCUAUGAAAUAUUUCGAGAUUUUUUUUUAACUUUUUUAUAAUUUUUCCGCAUGUUUUUUUUAUGAUAUAAAUAUUAGUUGUAUGAAAUCAUGUUGUUAAUUAUACCUCAUGACGCAUGAAAACCAGUGUUUUAUUUGAUUUGCUUCUAAAAUCAGGAUUUUACCUAAAAAACACUAUAUAUUACGAUAUCUGCGUAUCUUAUAAGAUAAUAAUAAUAAGAUGACGAGAUAACCGCCA